CGUUGCAUUUACUUUACAGAUAGAGACAAAUAAGUCUCAACUCGCAUGCAUGAAUCACUUGCUAAUUAAAUAUUAAAAACAAAGGUAUUGCACCCUCUCCAAUCAGCAAGCUCCCCCUCUCAGUACACAGGUACCUCUGUGCGCAUGCUCGGCACCUGCCUGCGAGUUGGGCUAGGGACUGCUGUGCUGGAGUGGCUAGACAAUGGCAGCAACUUGGGUAAAGUUUGUCUCUACUUUCUUCCUUUUAAACCCGUGUUUGUAUUUGCCAUAUCCUGCGGCUGUGGCGGACUCUCGGAACAGAGCUUCAGACGUGUGCAGGCCGAAGGGAUCAAUUGCGGUUUCAGGAGUAAUGGAUUACUGAGCCUUACAUUCAAGUAUGAAAAUUGCUCCAUAAUUUGGAACCCACAAGGAAAGGCUCCUAUUGAUGCCGUCAGGAACAUAAACUACUCCCAGUUUGUGUGUGAUGAUCAGCUUGCUGUGACGCUGCAGUGGUUUCCAAGUCCUCUUGAUAUUGAAUAUUUAAAAGGUUUUAAAGUGAUCCUGGAAGAGAGUAAUUCAGAAGGCAGACAGUGCCAGCACAUGAGUUUGAGAGAUCCCAAAGAACUCAACUACACAUUCCAGACUGUUAUUGAAUCACAGCCUUUCCUGAAGCUGAAAUUCGAAUCCAGUUACACUGUAAAAAUCGUACCUUUUCCGUCAAUCAGAAAUGAAAGCCACUACCCACCUUUGUACUUCACCACUUCAGCUUGUGAUGCUGUGCUUCAGUCUGAUAACCCGACAUGCAGACCUUACUGGAAGCCAAAAUAUCUGAAUGUUACUCAGCAAGGAUUGAAUCUGCAAGUCUCAUUUGACCAUGCUCCUCCCAAGUAUGGGUUUAACUGGUAUUACCUCCAUUAUAAACUCAAGCAUGAGGGAUACUUCAAGCAAAAGACCUGCAGGCAGGAACGUGGUACAAAUUACACAAGCUGUGUUAUACAGGAUCUUCCUGAAGGAGAUUACAUCAUUGAGCUUGCAGAUGACACCAACACUACGAAGAAGGCUGUGUUUUAUUCUGUAAAAGGAGUGCACUCUCCCUGGGCUGGUCCUAUACGAGCUAUUGCAAUUACUGUGCCCUUGGUUAUAAUCUCAGCCUUUGCUACACUUUUCACUGUAAUGUGCCGUAAAAAGCAACAAGAAAACAUCUAUUCACAUUUGGAUGAAGAAAAUUCUGAGACGUCAAUGCUUGCACCCGCUCUUCAUAUCGAGAGGCAUCGGCCUAGACCAAAGGUUUUCAUUUGCUAUUCCAGUAAAGACUGCCAGAAACAUUUGAGUGUUAUCCAAAGAUUUGCCUAUUUUCUGCAGGACUUCUGUUGUUGUGAGGUUUCUCUUGAUUUGUGGGAGCAUUUAGAGAUCUGUAAGGAAGGACAGAUGGAUUGGCUUAGUCGGCAGAUAAGUGAAUCACAUUUCAUCAUUGUUGUCUGUUCAAAAGGAAUGAAAUAUUUUGUUGAGAAAAAGAAUCGUAAGCAGAAAGGAGUUAUUCGAGAAAAUGGAAAAAGAGACCUCUUCAUAGUUGCUGUGUCCAUGAUUGCUGAGAAGCUGCGUCAGGCGAAACAGAAUUCUGAUGAUAUCAGCAAAUUCAUUGCUGUCUACUUUGAUUAUUCCCGUGAAAGUGAUAUACCUGGAAUUCUGGAUCUGGCUAGAAAAUAUAAACUAAUGGAUAACCUACCACAACUGUAUUCACAUUUACAUUCACGAGAGCUCAGUUUGCAAGACUCUGAAACGUAUCCUCUGAAUAUUAGCAAAAGAAAUUACUUCUGCAGCAAGUCUGGACGAUCUCUUUAUAUUGCAAUUAGCAAUAUGCAUCAGUAUAUUGACCAAGAGCCUGAUUGGUUUGAAAAAAUGCUGAUGCCUGUACCUUCUCCUUUGCUGCACUAUUCAGAACCAGUUAUGGAAAAAUUUGACUCUGGCUUGGUGUUGAACGAGGUCAUCAUUAAAAACCCUGCUGAUGGAGAGGUUGGUAUUAACAACAGCAUUGGUAUUAUCCCCACAUUAAACUUGAGUAUCCGUUCUGUUAGUCAGCAGAUAAACCACCUCAGUGGGGAUGUGGACUUUCAUGACAUUACAAACAAUGGAGGUUCUAUUCUGCCGCCACUGCUGCAUGAUCCAAGGGCAGCGGACCCUCAGGAUAUGCCCAGAGACUCUGGAAUUUAUGAUUCUUCAGUGCCUUCAUCAGAACUGUCACUGGCUUUAGUGGAAGGUCUUUCUGCAGACCAAACAGAAACCUGUUCAAUUGCAGACAGCAUCUCUUCAUCUUCAGGACUGGGAGAAGAGGAGACACCCGUUAUGGCAGUCACCAAAUCCUUGCUUGUCCCUGGAGUUUGUAAAGCGGAGGUCCACAAUCAAAUUCACAGUGAAAGAUACCUGGCUGUCGCACCUUUGUAGCAGCGAUACAGUCUUGAUGUGCAUUGCCACUUUAAAAAGCAACAUGUCAUCUGGUACAUUCUCAGACCAGCUCUACAGAAACAUCAUCUUUCAUGAAACACUGUUGGACAGAUUAAAGAAUAAAGAGUUUUCUAAGUGUCUGCCUGUUUGUUGAUGGAAAUCCAUUUCCAAAGACUGUUUAAAAAAAAAAAAUCAGUUCUUAGAGCAAGUUUCAUUCUGUUUUGUGAUAUGUAUCCAGAAAUAUGGCACAGGAGUUAAUUGUACUGUGCACUAACCUACUGUUCUAAGUGUUUGAAAUGUCUCUUGCUCUGCUGACAAAUUUGGAUGAUUCACAUAUUUGUUAAUUUGCCAUUAGUUGCACCAGGAUGCUUACACUGCCUACUAAUGCAGCCUAGCUGUCUUUAUUCCAUGCAUUGCAUUUUUUGCAUAUUACAUUCCUUAUUUUCUCUUGGUAGGUGUUGAUGUUGCAGUGUUGGAAACUAUCUGCAGGGGAGGCUGUUAAUGCUGAAAUGCAUAGCUUUGUUGCUUGUUUUAAAGCAAAAGAAAAGCUUAAUGCCUUUAGAGUCUUGAGAUGUUUAUCAUUUUUAAUACUUGCUUAGAUACCUGGGGAUGUGCAACUUGUAUAAAACAAUUUUAAAAUGCUGAAAUAACUAGAUGUUCUUAAGGCAUUUGGAUUUUAAAGGUUCUGCAAGAUCCUGCAACAAUCAUUUCACCGUUAUAAUAGUUCCUUUUAAAACCAUCAAGGACAGUGAAGAAACCAUAUUCGUAACUUCACAGCAGAAGGUUAGGUUUUAAGGUAGAUCUUCACCUAAAUGAGCCAUUUGGGCUUUCUGUAUAUUUCCUUUGACUGUUGUAUAUUUACAUUUUGUAUAGCUGAAACUUUUCUCAUGUAUUUUUUGAUACAAUUCUGAGACCAUCUUUUUCUCUGAAAUACUUAUUUUGUACUUUUAAAUAUUUAGAACAUUAAAAUUUAAAUAUUUAGAACAUUACUGUUCAAAACUAGAAUAUCCAGGAAGAUGCAUAGCAACUAAGCAGGUGUAAGUGCCAUAAUAAAUCUGUAUUUUUUUGUACUUUAACAAAGAAAUGCUUACACUGAUGCAUAUUGAUAAUGAGAAGUUAUGUAGGUUGUCUUGUAAGCAAAAGCUGCCAGAUUGUGUCCAUAUAGGGGAUCCUUCUUGUGAAUAAAAUUAGGUAUACUAUAUUAACUUAUUUUUAUAACCAUGUGACAUUGAUGAUUCAGAUAUAUAUGUAGAUAGUCCAAAGUGCAGAUAUGUGAACAUAAAUCUGAUACCCUCUCUUAUCCUGUUGUACAUUUCAAAAAGAAAUGUUUAUAGCUUGUAUGUGCAUAAAAGUUGAUUUUAUACUCAGUUGCAAAGUUAAUACCUAAAAAUGAAAGACCUUAAUCUAAUACUUUAUUUGGGAUUUGCUGAAUGAGGUGUUACUGUCCCUAGACUAAAUUUGUUUAAACCAGAUGGAGCAUGGGAAAAUAGCAGUGUUAACAUAAAGCAAGAUUAGCAAUUCAGUGCUUCCAUCAGCAGCAGAAGGAAGUAAUAGGGCAACUUAGAAACAUUACUGGCUAGCAGUGUAGGUGGCAUAGGAACAUUUAAUGGAGGGAUCUGUUUAGAACACGCACACAGCCCACAGCACAGACUUUUGGAUUGAAUUUGCUUUUACAAAUAAUAGUUUUGUAGCAGUAGUCAUUAAUUCUUAACUCAACAUUGAUUAUAACUCACACAAGGUAUGCCAAGCUGUUUUUUUGGGGCAUACUUAUAAAAAUGUUACCUGUGAAUUCAUCAAUAAUCAUUAACAACUGAAAGCAAUACAACAUUAUUACAAUAACAAGUAUAGACCUUCAAUUUAUAUGUUACAUGUACUGAAGGUUUACUGUAGCCCUGUACUAUUACAAAUUCCAUAUGUUUAGAAACCCGUAUCUACAUUGUUGCUUCUAUUCCUCACAUGUCAAAAUUCCAUUUAGUGAAGCUGAAUCUAGUGUAUAAAAGUCUUUAUUUGUUCCAAACCUCAGCUGCCAUAUGUUUCUUUACGCUAUGUUAUCCAGAAAAGUGUAUGCACAUGCAAAUAUAUAUAUAUAUAUAUCUAUAUACACACAUAUAUAUAUAUAUAUAUAUAUAUAUAUAUAUAUAUAUAUAUACACACACAUAUUACACACAGACACAUAUAUAUGUAACGGUUGUUCCAAAGCCUCUUUUAUAUCACUGUAGCAGUUGUUAUUGUGUAACAUUUUAAUGGAGCAUAGCACCCACAUACAUUAUAAUUCUUACUUGUUUAAUUUUGAAACAGCAUGAAUAUUUUCUACAGCUUUCAAUAUAGCAUGUUUGCAUACAUUAUUCUUACUGUGAAUUUUCAGAUUUGUUUAUCAUUGUCUUACAGCUGUUGAGAGACUUACUUGCAUGUGUCAUUACAGUGGUGAAGCAUUCGUUUACACUGUUUACCUUCAUAUUUAAAAGCACACAUAAUAUAACAUUACUGAUACAUGGUAUCAUUUCACUUCAGUAGGAGAUGAGCUUACAUUUUUGCUACUUGAGGAACAGCCUGUAAAGCUCGAUGACAGCUGUGAUAAUUCAUCCAUUUGUCAAGUUUUUCUCAUCUCUUCAUUUCAACCCCAAGACUAGCAGACAUAAAGGAAACACAAGUGAGUAUUGAUCUCUCUGUUUCCUUCCAUGUGGUCACCAAUUCCAGCUGUUCUAAUCUGACUGGAAGGUCAACAUAUAAGUCAUAAGCCUAGGUGUGGGCUGCAGAGCCGGACUUUCUAAAUGCGAGUUUAGACACAGAUUACAAACAAAUCAGUCAGAAAAUAUAGCUGUAAUCCAGAGCUGAGCAAAAGCAGCAACAUUAGCAAAACUUUCAAGGUCAACAUUCAGAAGUAUCUUAAAUGCUGUUUUGCCUGUUAACAAAACCUAAAGGAACUCGCUGAAAAGAUAAAGAAACUUUAAAAAAAGGCAUGAAAUCGCAGCACUCUCAUUGUAAAUAAUAGAGAUACAGGGACACACAAAAUAUUAUGUCAUUCUGUGGUAAUACUUUGGAGAUCCAAUAUAUUGGUGUGGUAUAAAGAGGCUUUGUGCUAUAAAAUCACAGUGCUGCUCAAGUUAUUUUUCUAGUAUAAUGCAUCAGAAAAACUACAAACCACUAAAAAUGAUCCAGGGACAUAAGUACUGCAGAAAGCAUCAAGUUUAAGAGAUUGAGAGUUUUUUUUUGCUGUUUUGGAUGCAGUUUGCUGCAGUUUGAUGCAUUUAAAGCAAUCAGUGAUGCAGUGCAUCUGAAACACUGAUGUCUGUGUUUUGUUAUGGUGGUGCAGAUGACUGGCACAGUGACAUUUCAGUAAAAAAAAAAAAAAAAAAAGAUCCUCAUCCACACCCCCAUGUUAAGAUUUUUGAAUUAUCUGUAAAGAAAAGCAAUAUGUAUACCCCUAACUGCUAUGUGAGAAUAGUGGUUAGCAAAGCAGGUGAUGCAAGAUGCUGCUUCAUUAAACAUCAUGUUAACUUCACUUGAUCAAUGCAUAAAUAUUUUGUAUGUUAUUUAUAAAUGAAUGGUCCAAAGUAUUUUGAUAUUGUGUCAUUCACCUAAGUUUAAACUUCCACAAAAUAUAUAGAUCUGGUGUUGAAGACGGUUACUAAAUAAUCUUCAUCUUGCAUCACAUGAUGUGCCACUUUCAUUUAAAACAAUUCAUUAUGUGGUCAUUGGUAUUUCAUAUGUUGCUUUCAUUUUGGUUGCUGUGUUUCUGCAUAUGAACAUUUGUAUAUAAUUUGCAUUUUGUUAAACAUUAGAACUUCUUAAAACUGCAGUUUAGUUUACAUUAUAUGUAAAUGUAGUUUAGAAAUUAAGAAACGGUGGAUAUUCCAACAUUACCUGGCAAUUGUGUACUGUUUUAUAGUACCUUGUUGAAGAUGGCCUACAUCAGAGUCCU